GUAGGAACCCAAUCUAUGCUGGACUGGUAGUCUAUCUUGCAACAAUGGUAGAUUUGUAGCAGGCUACUCCAUAAGGACUUUAUAACUUUAAACUAACCCCAUCUCACAUAAAGUGGUACCAGGGACAGCAUCAUCUGGGAGUCAAAGUUCAUUCAUAUUAGUGGCUGUGCCAUACUGUAUGUUACUGAAGAGGCAGGCUGCCAGCUAAGAGAAGAAAUGGAUGAUAACAAUGAGAUCACCAUUAAUCUCCUUCUCCUGGGAAAGACACAAUGUGGUAAAAGUUCUCUUGGAAACAGCCUGCUGGGAAGUUAUGAAUUUGAAAGUAGGAUUUUCCCACAAUCUGUGACUAAAGAGUGCCGACUCCGCAGAAUGCGAAUACCCGAGUUUGCUCGGCGGAGUGGGAAAGAACUGGGCCUUAGACUGCAGGUGCUGGACACACCUGGCAUUCCUCAUAGCAGCCUGAACCAGGAUGAGGUGAAGAAGGGAGUGCGAAAAGCCCUCUCAGAGCACUUUCCAGAGGGGUUACAUAUGGCUCUACUUGGACUUAGGGCUGACAUACCACAUUGUGAAGAAGAUAACCAGCACACUGUCAAAUUAACAGAGGAUCUUCUGGGCCCUAACUGGAUGUAUUUUACUGCUGUUGUUUUAACACAUGCAGAAACAUUAGAAGACAUGAGGAUGACAGAAGAAAAGUUCAUAAGCUUGGCCCCAAAAAGUCUUUCUACUCUCCUGGAAAGAGUGCAUGGUCGAUGCAUUUUCAGCGAGCAGACACAUGGAACAUCACAGGCAGAAAGAAAAGUACUAGUCAAUCAAAUCCUGCAUUUCGUCAGGCAAAACAGUUACCAGUCAUUACAGCCUAUAUAACAGUUACCUGGAGCCGAAACAGAAUUGGAUUACAAGACAGACAGAUACCUUUAACUACUAUAGGAUGUGUUUUCAUAUUCAUUAGAGUUGUACAUACUAAUUUAUAUUCUCAUUCACACAUUGCAUAGUUAUAUUGAAAAAAAAAGACACAUGUCCAUCAAAUUCAUCCAAGAAGGUCAACGGAAGAGGUAUGGGUGGAUGAAGGGGAGGGGGAUGUGUUUCUACAUAUGCAUAUCUAAGCUCAACUAUUCCUGCUGUGACCAGUAUCUCAGGUAGACUGUUCUAUACAUUCACAAUUCUUAUGGUAAAGAAGGUUUGUCACCCCUGGAGACUAAGGCUACGUUCACACAGCCGUCUGCUCUGCCCGUUAUGCAACCUGUUUACUAAUUUUGCAAACGGGUUGCAAAGGGCUGUAAACGGAUCCCAUUGAUCUCAAUGGGAUUUUUUUUAUAGUCCUUUAUCACCCGUUUGCACCCGUUGUUUGUAACCCGUUAUUUUUGACGGCCAAAAGACGUUUCUUGCAGUAUUUUUUUGGCCAUCAAAAAUAACGGGUUAAUAAUGGGUCUUUUAAAUUUACAUUGAAGUCUAUGGGAAGCGGGUUACAAACGGGUUACUCUUUAAUGUACCCGUUUGCACUGAUUUGUAACCCGUUUUUUUAAUGUUACGUUAUUUUACUUAAACAGCUGAAUAUCGGGACGAGAACCAAAGGCUGUGUGAACGUAGCCUAAAUUGUUUUUUUUUUCUCCAGGCGAAGGAGUCUCCAACUUGUCUUUUGAGG